AAAGCGCAAACGUAUUUCGGUCGCUGCAAACACAAUUGCAUUUGUUUAUUAAUCAAUCAAAGAUAUAGCAGCAGUAUACAUCAACAUGAACCUUAUCUAGUGGGGACCAAGUGUAUCCUCAGUGUAUCUGUAGCUACAGUGGUAGUUAUGGCAAAAUCAAAGCAAAAGUGAACUUCAGAAUAGUUAAAAGCAACUCAAGAGAAUCUGCUAUGGAUCAUAAUAGCAUGGACUUCAUGUCCGGCCCCGUGGAUGAGUCUUUGGACCUGUUCAAAGAGGACGAUGCCUUCGACAUGAUCAACGAGGUUCUGCACCCGGACAUGUUGGAUAAUUUCCUCAACGAAAUGGACCUGGAACAGGCGCAAAUGUACGAGAAUAUUUUACGCAUGGAUGAACCCCAGCCCAUGGUGCAGCAGCAACAGAAGCAGCAGCAGCCACAGCAGCUACAGCUGAUGCAUCUUAAAAGCGAGCACUCUUCGCCAGUGCACAUCAAGGAGGAGCUGCAAUUGCCCUUUUAUAAUUUACUUCAGAUACAACCUGAGCCCCCGCAGCAGCAGCAACCACAGAAGCCGCAGCAGAUGGUCCUUAAAGCUCCCGUGCCCACCACGACUAUACAUCAUAUGGAUGCGGGGAGGCUACCGCCUAAUACAACACUCUACACGCCACCUCUGUCCAGUGGCUAUGUGUACCAGAACUCAUCCCCGCCCACGCCACCAGCCGAGUCGACUCCGCAAAGAAUUCAGGUCAUGUCCCCUCUUCAAGCACCUUCCCCAUUGCCCACGCAAGCACAAGCACAACCCUUUAUCAUGUAUACCCAGCCGAUUGCCACUAAUCCGGCUAUUAUGACAUCUACUGAUCAACCCAUGUCGGCCAUGACUACAACUGUGACCAGUCCCAAGCCCUCACCGCCCAUCGCACCGAGCAGCGGCCACGGCAACGGAAACGGGAGUAGAGCUAGCAAGGGGCGAGUACCGGUGUUGGCACCGUCUCCAGCCACCGAAGCCACCAAUCAAUCAGUGACCGGAAAAGUGCCCAUCAAUAGAGUACAGCCCAAGGUUAAGGAAGUGUACGGCAAGCGUUCGGCCCACAAUGCCAUUGAGCGACGCUACCGCACGUCGAUCAACGACAAGAUCAUCGAACUGAAGAACUUAGUGGUGGGGGAUCAGGCCAAGCUGAACAAGUCGGCCGUGCUGCGCAAGUCGAUUGACAAGAUACGAGAUCUGCAGCGUCAGACGAGCGAGCUGAAGUCAGAGCUGCAGCGUUUACAGCGAGAGUUGAUGGCACGCGAUGGUUCCCAAGUGAAGGAUCUACUUCAGCGGGAGACGCGACCAUGGCCCGUUCGUGGUGGCUCAAAGAAGCGUCGCGAGACAUCUACCACUGAUGCUGGUCUAACUCCUCCGCGUAGCGAUGUCUCGGAUCCCUCUCUCUCACCUCAGCAUUCGGACAUUUCAUUGCCACCCUCGCCAUACGGCGGAUCCAUCGCCAGCUGCAGCAGUGGCGGCGACAGCAACUGCAGCAAGGAUGAUCUGCUGGUGGUGCCUAGCUCUAUGCGAGGCAUGGCCACCCACUCGCGCCUGGGCCUGUGCAUGUUUAUGUUUGCGAUUCUGGCAGUGAAUCCCUUCAAGAGUUUCCUUCACGGCGGACAACACGGCGAUGCGGAUCACCUUGGAGGCGAACUGAGCCGUCAAAGGCGCAUGAUUCUCUCCUACGAUGCGGAUGGUGAUAAUGUUGGCUGGCAGCACAGCUCCUGGCUAUGGCUACUGAAUUUAACGCUCAUGUUGGGAUGCCUCAUCAAGCUGCUGGUCUAUGGGGAUCCGCAGUUGGAUGCUCAGACAGAUGCCUACUGGCAGCACAAGCAGCGAGCCGAGGCAGACUUUGCUGCGGGACAGGGAGAAAAGGCGUAUGCCGGCUAUCUGAAUUGCCUGCACAUGUUCGGGCUGAGCUUGCCGGCGACACGUUUGGAGUGUUACCUGCAGACUACCUGGCAGUUCUUGCGCUUCAUUUUCCACAGACUCUGGCUUGGACGUGUGCUGUCGCGUCGCACCGGCGGCCUCUUCUGCAAGGCCGCCAAUCGGAAGCAGGCUUUAUCCUCGGCCCGAGAGCUGUCCCUGCUCUUUAAUCGGCUCAAUCAAUUGCAUCUGACUGGACAUGGCAACCGCACGGACGGCAAUGGAAUUAUGAUGGCCCUGUAUGCCAGCAAUAUGGCUGAGGUGGCCCACAAUCUAUUGACGCCCCGCGAGACCAUCUGCAUACAUGUGACGACCGCUCUCCGUAUGAAGCGUAGCGCACCCAAAUGGCUGCAGUCACUCUUCGCCCUCUACUACAUGGGUCGGGCGCGACAGGAGUGCGGCCGGACACGGGCUGCCGAACAGACGCAGGAACUUCGCUGGGCCUUUAGUGCCUAUGGCUUCCGUUAUUGCAGCAGCCAUGACUUUAUCUACGAUCUGAGUGACUCUGGCGAACAGGAUGGAUUUUUCACCAGGCUACGAAACGCCUGUGAUCCCGCUGCCUAUGUCAUAAAGCAAUAUAGGGAACAUCUACUGUUUAAGGCCAUUGAGUGUCUUGUGGGUGCUGGACACAAGUCGGCGGCAGGACUACCCGCAUCCGGCGGUGAAGUGGAAUUGCAGCAGCAACAGCACAGCGGCACCAUUGUCAGCAAUGUCCUCAAGUAUACUUCGCUGCUAAGAGAAACGCUCUGUGCCGAUGAGGAUGAACGCGAUACAAAUGUUGUGUGGUGGGCAAACAUCUUGGAAAUAGCAGUACACUGGCUCCUUGGCGAGGACACGCUCGCCGAACAACUAUACGACAGCAUCAAGCAGAUGCCCGUGCAGCUGGAGCCAAACAAUGACACAAAUCAUCUGCCCAAGGCCCUUCAUGCGGCGAUCGGUGCUAAAAUGUUGUUGCUCAUGAACAAUGGCAACACUCCUGACAAGCGGCUCAAGCGAUCAAUCAAUAGUCUGUGCGAUGAGGCCAGUGCACAGCUUCAGGAAUGUUUGACCGUCAACCGGAUCACCAAUGCCAAGGGCAUACAGCUGCUAUUCCAACUGCUCACCUGCGAUUGGCUGCUGGAGACGUUGACUGCUUUGUGGGAGCUUGAGAACAUGAAUGUCGAGGAUGAUGGCUACUAUCAGGUGCCUGGCGAAGUGCUCGAAAAGUUCCAAGUCAGCUUGAACUCUUUGCGCAGCAUUGUUGAGAAUAUACCUAACGCCCAAUCGAGAAUUUAUUUGUAUGAGGCCGUUUGUCGUCUAAUGGCCGGUGCCUCGCCCUGUCCCACUCAGCAGCUGCUGGAUAGGAGUCUACGCUCGCGCUAUGCCCAUGCGUCCAUAUUCUGUGGCAGCAAGGAUCGACGGCAUCAGAACUUCGAGGGUGGGGAGCGAGAGCGCGCCGCUGCCAUGUACGUGGCCUGCAAAUAUCUGCCACCAGCUCUAUUGAGUUCGCCUGGCGAGCGUGCUGGCAUGCUGGCCGAAGCGGCCAAGACACUGGAAAAGGUGGGCGACAAGCGCAAGCUUAAGGAAUGCUACCAGCUAAUGAAAUCACUGGGCAGUGGCAUUGGCAGCGUGAAAGCUUAGUUUAAAUAAGAGUUAAAUUACACCCACAUUAAUUAUGUUAGUGGAUAAGUGUUGUGCACAUUUCAUUUCAAAUGUAAUCCAAAAGACCCUUUUGCAACUGGCAUCCACCCCUAAUUGUGCUUAGAAUGUAACUGAGAGUAAUCCAAUAUGCAUAACAAAAUUAUAUUUGUUUAUUAUAUUACAAUAAUCACUAAACACAUAUUUAUGUCAAUAAAUAUUUAAACAGUUCUCUCA